AUGCACAAAGCAAUUAUCUUCUGCCCUUUAACUUGCCUUCGUCGUUAUAUCAUCAAGAAGCAAUUCAGAGAAAGCCACAAGUUACAGGAUUGUUUUCAAUUUGAGGAAGAGGUGAAACCAGGAUGGAUUCAAUACAACCCCAAUGAAAUCACAGUUAUAUCCUGCAACGAUAGUUUGCGUCCAUUGGUUCAGUGUGACGAUAUUUUGGACCUGAACAAGCAGAUGGUAACAGUAAAAAACGAAUCUGAUCUCUUAAAGUUUAAGAGCAUGCUGAAUAAGCCAGUUUUGAUGUGCGUCACAAGGCGUCAGAACUGUCCGAACAUUGCCCAAACUGACGGUUCGAGUUCGGUGACGGAAAACUUAUCACUGAAUCUCUUGGAAAGAGAACUCCGAUCUAUGAACGGUUUCGACAUUGAUUUUGCUGUUAUCUUUCCGCCCGGCGUUCUCAGGGAACUCCUCGCUAAGAUCUUACGAAAUGUAAGCGAGAAAAUCACUGCUAGAGGUAAAUACUGCUUUAUGAUCGACAUCAAGCAAAUGAUGAAAGAACUGACACCUCCCGAAGUACAAGACCCCGAUUCGCUGGAGUAUGUGUCAUGGCAUAACACAGCAUUUUGGCUCACAAACCAUUGCAAACCGAAUCAUUCACUGAUGUACGUCAACGGUCUCCUGUUCUGGACCGUUCUUUUUCCAUUUUCAUUUUUUGUUGCACUUCCCUACAGAGCAGUCCGUAAAAUGUUGUGCAAAGACUCCCACGUGGAUAUAAAGACUGCUUUGACGUUUGUGGCUGAGUGCAAAGACACCGUCGCAGUAUUUGUGUGGUUUGCGGAGAGACCACCGCCUGGUUCGUACAAAAAACACGCAAAUCAUUUCUCGCUACGAGCAGCAAAGGUGUCAGAUUUAAAACCAUUUUUUCAGGACUGUAAUAUUGUGUCUUUCGACUUUGGGGAAUAA